CACUGCCACGCGAGAGCCAGCCGUCCACCCCCGAAGCCUUGCGGGUCUUUCAUUACCUUCCUAACCUAUCCUCGUGUGCCCGCGCCGCACCGUCCUCGUGGCUUCCCGCGCGCCUUUGUCUCACCCGGAAAUAAUUGAGGUGACUUCGUUGCUUCGUUGCCUCGUUGCCCGUGAACUUCGAAUGGACGAGUGGAGGAGUGAUCAGAAUCAGCCUCAUCAUCAGCCAACGGAACCUUCCCGCUGAUCCGCCGCCGUCGCGUGCCGCAUGCCGAUCUUAGACUCGAGCUAGUCACUCGACAACCGAAUCCAACCGAUCGCUGUCCCCAAAUUUUCUGUGCAAAAUACACAGACCGCACAGAGCGACGACAAAGAUGGAACCAUACGCCCACACGGCGGACGAGAUGGACGACAUGGUCAACAAACUGGGCCGUCUGAAUUCGAGAGACUCCAGUUCGUCACGCCAUGCGCCGUCGAUGGCAUCAUCAACGGACGACCGGUACGAUAGUCGGCGAAGAGUUCCCUCCGGCGGGAUGCCCGUGCCACGAACGCCCGACUCGCCGCGAUACCUCGGUCAGGACGACGUCUAUCGCAUGCCCGCAUAUGAAAUGGGCCAGCGACCCGUGAACUCGGCGUCCAUGCACCCUCUUGGAACACCAAGAGCACCGCAGUUUCACAGGAAAGACUCGUACAAUUCAGAACGACGUCCGUCCAGGGGUUCGUCGGCCGGCUACAGCUUGUACCCCGCAGCCUCCAAACCGCCCGUGGCCAAACCACUGCCGCCGCUCCCCGUGUUGAACCGCCAAAACUCGCAUCGUGCUUCAUCACAACCGUCGCUGGACGGGUCCGACGUCGGAUCUGGCGAUACAUCCCGGUAUUCGCAGUCGUCGAGGGGGAGCACGCUGGAGCGGGUGUCCACAUCCGGCAGCGCCGCGCCGUCUCCUCCCGCAGCUCUGGGACCAUCGCCUCCCAUGUCUGGCGAGUACCGUGCACGGCCGCAGGUGAUGCAGCCAGUGCAGCCGGCACAGCCGAUGCAACCGCAGCACGGGUCCUCACCCGUGCACCUGGUACCCUGGAAACAACUCGUCGCCUCCAACGACAAGCAGCUCAAAGAACCCACCGUGUACUUUUUCGACAUCUCCACCUCCUCCGCGACCCUCGCCAGCAAACAUGGCAACAACAUUAUUAGGAUAUGGUCCGUCGGCAGCGGCGAGGUGCAAAAUAACAUCAAAAUAUCGUGCUACACCAACGCCCAGCCGCGGUCGCGCGAAUAUUUCGUCCGCAGCCACGCCAUUCUCUCGGAAACCUCCAACCUGAUCGCCAUCGCCACCGGCUUCGGCGACUCGCUCGAGAUCUGGGACUGGAGCAAGAAGAAGCGCCUCCAAUCAAUCGAUGGCGCCAACCGCUGGGCCGCCGUGCGCUCCAACGUGAUGGAAUCCGGCUGGUGCCCGCUCGUGACCUACAACAGCAACACGGACAAGCUGGACCUGUACUCGGCCACGCACAACCCCAAAAAGCCCUUCAAGAAAUCCCGCUCCAUCGACUUCAGCAAAGCCGCCGGCCUCCCCCUCCUCCCCAAGUUCCCCGAGCUCGCCUUCUCCGCCACGGGUCCCCUCCUCGUCACCGCCUCGGGCCCGCGCCCGCCACGGCCCGACCACCCCCCACCGGAGCGCGAAACCCUCCUCACGGCCUGGGAGAUCCACGACGGCGCCCCGGCCUCCAACACCCCCUACAAAGUCGUCGCCCCCUGGCAGCACGCCGAGCUCGACACCGCCCUGCCAUGCGGCCUCGCCACCUACGGCUCGGUGGCCGUCUCCAUCUGGAUCCCGGCCCCGUACCGCGCCGUGCCGAUCGCGGGGCGCGGCGGGUUCAACCUCGCGCCCGCGCCCGUGCCCCACCGCCACGUCCUCGUCUGGGACUUCUCCGCCUCGUCGACAAAAACCUUCCGCAUCCCCAACGCCACGUCGUGCGUCUCGCCGGAUUGCCGCUUCGUCGCCUACUGCGACGCCCGCGGCGUCGAGAGCGGCGCCCGCGGCUGUCUGGCUCUAGUCGACGCCAUGACCGGCCGUGAGCUGUGGUGCUGGCCCGACCCGGAGGCCGGCCUGCUCGACGCGGCCGAGGAGGAUGGUGUGGGUGCCGCGCUGGGCGAUCUCAGUCUGGUGACCGAGAUGUGCUUCUCGGCGGAUGGCGGGUUCUUGUUUGUGGGGGAUGCCGAGGGGGGGAUUGGGGUUUUUGAGGUCAGGGAGGGGGCUGCCGCGGGUGGGAAUGGGAAUGGGAAUGGGGAGGGGGUUGGGUUGAGGGUGGUGCGGUGAGGUGAGGUGAGAUGUGAGUGCGGUGAGGUGAGAUGAGAUGCCCGGUGUGGAGGUGGUGGGGAGUUAUUUUUUUUGGUUUGGUUUGGUUAUUUAAUGAGGGGGGUUUUGGGGGGUUGCCCGGCUGAUGAUGGGAGCAGCAGGGGUAUAUCUCUCCUCGGCUGGGAUCUGUGCCGUGUCGGGAUCUGUGUGUACCUUAUGUAUAGACUGGGCUGGUGGGCGGGUCUGGUUACUGGUAUCGGGUAUUCGGUCGGGAAUGGAUGGGUUGGAGUUUUGGGUGAGUUUUGGGUGGGGGACCAAAUAACUACCUAGGCGCGCGGACCAAGGGUGGAAGACUGCCUCGAGACGCUGUCGUCGUCUGUCGUACUACCACGGCUGAGGGCA